CAGGACAGAACCAGGACAGAACCAGAAGAAGGAAGGAACAUGUCCCAGAAAACAGAGUCUUGCAGUCCAUCCUGGCCUCCUCCUGCUCCUCCUCCUCUCCUCCUCCACCUCUUCCUCCUCCUCCUCCUUGUGCACCUCCUCCCUGCUCUCUCCUAUCAGAUCGGGAACUCCACCCAGUGCAGGUCAGCUGACUUCGUCCCGGGCUCUCACCUGGUGGGGGAGGGCUUUGAUGUGGUCACCCUGCGGCGUAAAGGCGUCUACCUGAUCAACGUGGGCGCCUACAUGACCUCCCACGGCUCCUGUCGGCUCUAUCCCAACCCUCUUCAGGGAAACCGUCUGCAGAAGGUUCCGGUUUCUGUGGAAGACUGGCGUCCAGACACCGACUGUGAGCUUCACCAGGACCACUCUGUCCACACCUCCAUCAGUUCACUGAUGGACACCAUAAGUAAACAAGACGUACGCGACUGGACGUUCAGAUUAGACCUGGACUCCACAGACCUGAACGCCAGAGGGGGACGGUCCACGGUGCUGGACUUUGUCAGAUCCAGGAUGCAGGAGGACCGGCAGACCUUCAGCUGCCACCGGAUCAGCUGUACCCGGUACAGGCUCGGCCUCAUGCCCACCCCACGCCUCCACAUAGACUUCAGGAAGGACUUGGAGAAGCUGCCGAGUCACUACAACUCAUCCACCGAGAAGGACUACCAAGACCUGAUCCGCACAUACGGGACCCAUUACAUCCGCCAGGUUCACCUCGGAGGUCGGAUGAGGGUCAUCGGAGCCGCUCGGACCUGCUUAUCCAAACUCAACGACUUCACCUCGGACCACAUACUCAAGUGCUUCUCGGUGGGUCUCAAAGUGGGCCUGGGGAUGUCCGGUCUGUCCCCCUACUCCCACUGCUCCACCUUCCUCCAGAACCUGGCCAUGAAGGUCUACUACGACGCCGGGUUCCACCAACACCACACAGAGGUGGUGGGGGGCUCCGGGUGGGGGCGUGGCCAGGGGGGCUUUUCUCUGCUGCACAACGACUCCCAGGGCUUCCAUGAGUGGAUGGACUCCCUCAAGGACCACCCUGACACCAUCUGGUCCAGAAUCAGACCCAUGUACAUGCUGGUGCCGUUCAAGAACCAACGGGCUGGACUCAAAGCCGCCACUGAGCGCUACUUAAAGGACAACGCCGUCUCCGCCUCCAACACGCCCUCCUGCCGUGGCUCCGCCCUCCUCGACUCCGACUGCUGUCCCUUUGAAGGCUGGCGGGGGGAGCUGAAGGUCACCAUGGUCCAAGUCUGGGGUCUGAAGGGGUUCGGGGUCAGCAGUAUCCAAGCGUACGUCAGGAUGUCAUGUGGCUCCAUGGUUUCUGAAACACCUCCUACUGACUCCGACCAUCGAUGGAACUCCGCCCACAACCUGGCGUGGUGCACACGGUCCACCGGCUGAAGGCGGAGCUCCGGAACGGCGGCUCGUUGGACCGGCGCCUGCUCUCCUGUUCCUGGGACCUCAGUAAAGGUUCUGGGUCCGGAACCUGCACCGGACGAGACUCAGGUGUGAAGGUCCAGUACAGUCUGACCUGUGGACGACACCUGACAGGGGACAAGUGUGACCAGUACCAGCCCCAGACCUGAACCUGGAACCCCAGGACUCAAGUUCCACUGACGUUCCCCUGACGUUCCACUGACAUUCCACUGACGUUCUGCAGACUGCUGACGUUCCACUGACGUUCCACUGACAUUCCACUGACGUUCUGCAGACUGCUGACGUUCCACUGACGUUCCACUGACAUUCCACUGACGUUCUGCAGACUGCUGACGUUCCACUGACGUUCCACUGACAUCCACUGACGUUCUGCAGACUGCUGACGUUCCACUGACGUUCCACUGAACUUCCACUGACGUUCUGCAGACUGCUGAUGUUCCACUGACGUUCCACUGACAUUCCACUGAUGUUCUGCUGACUGCUGACGUUCCACUGACAUUCUGCUGACAUUCUGCUGACGUUCUGUUGACGUUCCACUGACAUUCUGCUGACGUUCUGUUGACGUUCCACUGACAUUCCACUGACUUCUGCAGACUGCUGACGUUCCGCUGACGUUCUGCUGACUGCUGACGUUCCACUGACGUUCUGCUGAUGCUGACGUUCUGCUGACGUUCUUCACAUUAACCCGUGGAACUGAUCCUUCAUAUUUUGAUCCUGUGUCGUUUCUCUGGUCGAUCACAGUUUCUAGACUCAGAGUCGGUUCUGUUUGUUUCUGACUCUUUUAUGCGUCAGGUUCAGUUUGUUCCAGUAAACGUUCUAUUGUAAACGUUCUAUUAUUCACAUCAUUAUUCUUCAUAUUUGUCAUAUUUUAAUCCUCAGUGUAAUUUCACUUGUA